AUGGCAAUAUCUCGGAGCCCUUGGCAGCCGCGACCGCGACAGCGAAAACGCAAUGGUCUAAUUGCGUUGGGGCUCGUGACUAUCUUCACAUGGCUAUUUUUUUCCCACUCCGGAUCACGAACGCCAUCACAAACAUCAUCAUCACAGGCCAAACAGCAUGACGAUGCGCAGUACGAUGGCAGCACGUCCGUAAACGGAGAGCUCUGGCAGACACUAUACCCCUUCUUGACGGAUUAUGCCCCGCAAUGUGAUCCCCCGCUUCGGCAGGGCAGCGCAGAGUCCGUGACUUUCGAUCCAUCGAAUGCGAAGCAUCCACCCAAAUUGUUGGACAUGUCAGGGGAGAGCGUGGGCGCUAUGAGAGAAGCGCAUCGCUUGUUUGUCAAGGCUAUUAAACGCGAUAUCCCGACGUUGCCGCAUCAGCCAAGUACGCGCGGGUUGGUUUCGACGGCAGGUGGAGAAUAUCUGCCCGUAUUGGUGGCUUCGCUCCGGAUGCUGCGCAGAACUGGCACCAAGCUGCCCAUGGAGGUCUUCCUGGCUCAUUGGAAUGAAUAUGAGGGGUAUAUCUGCAAUGUGGUCCUCCCAUCACUCAAUGCGCGGUGCAUCGUACUUUCGGAGAUUCUCGACUCGAUGCCGGGCAGUCACACCAUGAUCCAAAAGUUCCUGUACAAACCGCUUGCCAUGCUUUUUUCUUCUUUUGAGGAUAUCCUAUUCCUCGACGCAGAUGCGUUUCCUAUAUAUAACCCCGAAAUCCUAUUCAACAACGACCCAUUCACCUCCAAAGGCCUAGUCACCUGGCCAGAUUUUUGGGCCCCCACAACAGCUCAUCAGUUCUACGAAAUUAUCUCUCAAGAUAGACCAGCUCCGAAUCUGCGCCAAUCAACUGAAUCAGGCGCAGUACUCAUCUCCCGCAAAACCCAUAUCCACACCAUCCUUCUCGCCACGUACUACAACUUCUGGGGUCCAUCAUAUUACUACCAGAUCUUCUCACAGGGCGCUUCCGGGGAAGGCGACAAAGAAACCUUCCUUGCUGCCGCUACAGCACUCAAACAACCAUUCUACCAAGUCCGUCAACCCAUCCGCGCGCUGGGCCGCCAUACACGGAACGGGCUCGCCAGCUCAACAAUGAUCCAAUACAACCCGAUAGACGACUACUUGCUCAUGACAAAGAAAAAGAACAUCGGGGAAAUCACAGCUCCUGUUCCAUUCUUCGUUCAUGCAAACAACCCCAAAUUCAACCCCGCCACUAUCUUUUGGGUCAACGGCCCCGUUAUAAAAGAAGACGAGAGUUAUACGCGCGCGUGGACCGCGCCAGAAGAUGUGGUUGAGUCGUUUGGUACGGACCUCGAGCGGCAUUACUGGACUGAGAUCCGCUGGACGGGUUGUAGGCUUGAGGGGAAGUUGAUCAGUUGGAGGGGGCAGACGGGCAUUUGUGAGAGGCUGGAGGAUUAUUAUAAUUCAAUAUUUGCGUAG